AUGGAAGAUAUAGUUGCUGAGCAGGGUUGCAAAAAGUCUGUAUUCCUUCUCAAGGUCACCACCAGCUGUUACCCCAAUGACAGUGAAGAGGAUGAACAAGCUAUUGAGAGUAUGGUGCAAGCUGAAGGUGAUCUGGUCUCAGAGAACCUGGUGGAUCAUGAUGGUCGCCAAGCUGUUGAAAAUAUGAUGGACUCCAUUUGUCAUGAUGAUGUUGAGCAUGAAAGUGCAUCAGACAGUGAUUGGUCAGUUGACCAGAGGCAUGACCUUAAAUGCAAACAAACCCUGAGAGAAAUCUGUGCUGGCAAUUAUGAUACUGAUAACCAUCCUUCCACACCCCCUCUCCCUUCUCCAUCCUCAUCAGAAGAAGAAGAAGGAGCUGCUGAUACUGAAGAGGCCCAGGCAAUUGCAGAUGAGUAUGGCAAGACUCUUGGGUCAAUCAUGGCUGCUGCUGGUCUUACCACAAAGGCAACUUGUGCUGAAUCUGUGUGGAACAUGCAUCAGGCUUGGUAUGCACAUACCAAUCCAAAAGCAUCUGCAGAGGAAACCAAAGACUACUAUAGGUGUCACACCAAGCACUAUGAGGACCAUAAAGAUGAGGACAAACAUCCUCAACUGUGGGCUGAGAUCCAGAAGUAUUGGAGUGAGCACAAACUUGAUGCAAUGUGGAGGGCAUACAUGUCUUCAGAUGUGUAA